AUCGCCCAGACUUCCUACACUUGUGGAUUCGUGAGUUUCCGCGUCCGAUUCACGUGCGGAAAACAUUAGCUUCCGUCAGUAACAGCUGGCGCUGACGAUGGAUCAUUGAGGGGGUCACGUGGGAGUAGAGUUAUUACGAUUUUCGAAAAUCCGUAGAAUUUUGAAAAUUCCCCUCACACUAAGAGCUGCACCCAUUGGCGACUGGAGACUCAAUGUAUACAGGGUGACACACUUUAUUCGAGGAGUUCUCGAAUAGUCGCCAUGGCAUGUGCGAUGGCUCUGACGAGGGAGCGUCCCGGCGCGCGGCGUCGUUUUUCAGUCGAAUCCGCGGCGACGUCUUGAUCGGCGCUUCUUCUCUUACGUGCUGCAAGCUGUAAGAGCGUAUCAAUCGGCCGCCGAGCACAUCCACGGAAAUAGAACCUGCGCGAAUCCACAUGUCGGCGUAGAAGUCGCCUCUUAGAAAGAGAAGAAACAUUGGUUGUUGAUCAUCGCCGCGAAGUGUCCGGGCCAAGUGGUUCGAGUGCCCCUGAGCAAAGAGGAGAAGCAUAGGAGAGCGUAAGGGAAUCGAAGAAAAGAAAAACAGUUGGCGUCCAUCUACGUUCCGAUGAAAAGGCGAGCUCAGGCGACGUCUUCCGCCUCUUCUUCUUCUCCUGUCGCGGCUACCCGUGCUGCACGGAUACUUAUGGUCUCAAGAUACGCGCGUCGCAUUGCCCGCUAGCUGGAAGCUCGCGUAUGGUGAUGAACGGGGAGAGAGGAACUAAAUUGAAAGGUCACCGCGCGAACGUGGACAUUCUGUGGGUCGUGCUGAGGGGUUAAAAGUGCCUGAUGUCAGCGGCUCCAAAAUUAACCAGCAGAGGAUAUAAUAACGGAUUGAAACUUCGCCAACGUAUUUUUGGAGCAGAUUUAGAUCGGCGUAACGCAACGUCGUUCGACCUCUGAUGGAGACCAGUCAGAGUUUCUCGCCGAUCUCAAAUGGACGCAGAGUGAAAUUUGGGAGCGUCGCUGCCGUCGGCGGCCACAGGAACGGCACCGGCCCGACUAUCCCCACUGCUCAACCAACGACUCACCAAAAGGUAAGGAGAAUACUCGAGGAACACGCUGAUUGGCAGGACAGGUCAAGCUGUCAGAGAGUCCUAAGAUCUACCUCGAGUUCUCCCUACGUCGUCAGCAACUACAGCAUCGUCGCUUCUCGCGGCGAGCUAGCUCGAAAUAGCUUCGCAGUGUGCGAGACGCCGGCGCCGACGUCGACGGUGAAGAAAAAAGCUCCGUUCGCCAACGGGAGGACGUACAAGGAGGAAGGCUCGAGGAACAGUCUUCAAUUUCCGGCAAAGGAAACGAAAAAGUCGCAGAAUUCAAUUUCGAGUCUGCCAGCGUCGCGACAACCGACGGACGUCGAGAGGGACGCCUCCAGGUCGACGAGGAACUCGAGGACCGACCGACCCGUCGUUCCUAUUGGGAAAUCAGCAUCUGUCCCAUGUAACCUCAAGGAAGGUCUUCAAUCGAGAGAGAAGCCAUUGCACAAAGUGAACGAGGACGGAAUCCUGAGGAGAUCUUCGGCCUUUCUAGCGAGUCUCACGCACUACACGAUCAGGCAGAAUCCCGAGAGCAAGGCCAGGAUCAACGGGUACCUGGACAAGGAGAAGCUCCGGAAAUCCGUACUCGCGAACGGCGGAGUCGAGGAUUAUCUCUUCUUCGAGAGAUCGCCGAGCUUCCAGACUCUGCCGACCAGCUGGAAGAAGCCUUCAAACUUUGGGGUCAAAAAAUCCGUCUCCUUCAGCUCGGACACCAGUUUUGAGGAGAAGCGAUCGCCCUACAGGAAAACGGCAGUUCACGAGGCCAAAGUGUACCGGAAGGGAGUUCUGCAAGAUCGCGCCACUUGUGGCGAAGCAUCCAGAGCAGUGCCGUCCACGUGGGAAUCGUCUUCCGGGGGUCCCAAGGCCCUUCUAAGGGCUGCCCGGGAGGCUGACGAAGAGAUCUUCAAGUCGAUUGUCGCCAGAGCCGAAAUAUUCGGAUUCGGGGACAUGGAUAUAAACGCAGUAGACAACAGCGGCAGAACUGCGGUCAGCUACAUGGCCGGAAAUGGCGCCAUUGCUAUGCUCGAGACUGCUCUGUCGUUUCCGGGACUCGAUCCGAAUAUUCCUGAUAACGAGGGAAACACGCCCCUACACUUCGCCGCACAGGCUGGACAAAUCGAGUGUCUUAAUGUCCUUCUACAAAGGUGUCCUGGGAUCGAAGUGGAUGCAAGAAAUAUCUUGGGCUUCACGCCCUUGAUGAAGGCUGCUUUACAGGGAAGAACGAAGUGCGCCAAGAUUCUGUUAUUCGCCGGUGCAAAUCCCACGCUUCGAGAUCACGGCAGGGGUCUCAGGGCCGAGCAGUGGGCGAGAUUUUGCGGACGUUACGUUUGCGCCGAAGUCAUCGAAAGGUUCGCCAGGCACAGAUUGCUGGAAAGGACGACUUCCUGUAGAUGGGGCAGCGAACCGGAACUAGCUGCUAAGGUACUUCAGGGAAAGGUGACCCCGAUUCCCAUGAACGUACCGCCACCAUCUACAGGACUGAGAUCAAAGAUCAGAAGAGUCUUCCGGACUACUUCCGGUCCCGACCGGAGCUUUUCCUUAGUAUCUCAAUUGACCAGCGCUGCUCUGUGCGCCAGCAGUCCCGCCCUCCCAAAACCGGGAGACGUUCCCCCAGUCGUUAAGAGUUUACUUCGUCCGCUCAGCGUGCCACAAUUGAGGGUCACUCUGGUAGCUCCGGCGGAAAUAAUAGAAAGAGCUACCGACAAGUACGGAACUAAUUUCACAGAGAAGAUAGUGUCAGAGAAGAUGGACUCAUCCAUAGUGAAACCACCGCGUACCAAGAAGAAGAACAAGUAACACCAGACAUACGUGUAUGUAUAAUAGAUCUUAGUUCUCCUAAAUCGUGAAAUUAUUAUUUAUUCAUUAGAGUUAAGAUCCAUUGAGCGCAAUUGGAAGAAUAAACAUGAAAGUCGCGUAUAACGUUUUUGACAAAAGACAAAAAAAAUAGAUAAUAUUAAACGGGGUAUGAAAUCGUUAGAAACGACAAACACGACCCUGUCAAGUGACAAAGGAAUAACACUUGCUUCGCUCUUAAAUGUAGAGUGCUGAGAAGUUUAAGUGCUGUAUACGUAACAUAUAUCGAUACCACCAUCGAUGUUGUCCGGAAAAUUAAAAUAUUUUCCAAAGCGAAGAGAUUAUUUUUGCAUUUUCGUGGAAAUUGUUGAAAGCCAAACGGUUAUCUGUACCUUGAAAAUUCGCGGCUAAUCAUCUCUGGCCAUUUCACUCGGGAAAUGCUCUCUCUCAUCUGAGCGCAGUCUAACGUUAUGUGUCGUGCGUCAUACAUACGUAGAUCAGAGAGUAUCGUGACUUCACGUGAUGCCUUGGCCAGAUUGUUCUGGGGCCAGAAGCGCGCAGGUACACUUGAACGCUUAUAAAUAACAAAUUCUAUUUUAGGUUCUACUCUUUCGCGGGUUUUCCUGGGUGGGAGGUCAUGAUAGUUCACAAAGAAAUUGGGGGAAUUGUGAGAAUGUGUUAAAGAGUCAAUUUCAAUAGAUGAAUUCGGUAGGGGAUGCGUUAUAAAUAAUAAAGAUUCGCUUAUUACGAUAGCUAUACAUAAUAUACAUAAUAUAUACCAGAACGUUUUAUAUGGAUAACUAUUGUAAAUGAUUAUUUAAAUAAAUUGUUUAUGAAAUUGA